AUACCUGGAGAAACUGAGCAAUCAAACUCAUUAAUGUCAAGAUUACCUUCAUUCCCAUUACGUAACAAUGCAACAUUAUUACCAAAACCUGGAGUACCAACUUCAGCAACACAUUCAUUAAGAUCAAUGUUGGAGAUUUUAAAUAAUAAAAAAGCACCUGAAUUGAUUUAUGAGAGUGAACCACAUAAAUUAUGUUUCUUAUGUUGUGGUGCAUUUGCCCUAGUUUUCACAAUAUAUGGAUUAAGUUUCUUACAAUGGUCAAGUUCAACAGCUUAUGAAUUAUAUAAACUUGAUGAUGAUUUAUAUUUAUUCUUGGGUAGAAUUGGUGUUAAUUUAUUGAUUGCAUCAGUUGCAGGAUUAUUAGUGACGUGUGCUGUAUUGUUCCCAACAAGAUUAAUUAGAAGAAUUUAUUAUUUACCUGGUGAUAAGAAAAUCAAUGAUCAUAUUAAAUUCACUACACAUCCAUUAUUACCAGGUCGUACAACACCUGUUCAUACUAUCCCAUUGACAAAGUUGAAUAGAACUAAAAAAGGUCGGAUUUUCACCAAGAAUGGUAUUUAUGGGACUUUGGAUAAGAGUACAUUAUUUUUCCUUUUAAAAGAACAAGAUGCCAAGUUUGGAUAUUGGAUAGUUGAUAGAAAUGGUUGGUUUUGGGGUGAUGGUCGAGUCUUUGAUGUUUUAUUUGGUAAAGAUUCAUUAAAUGAAGCUGAAAAUGCGCUAACUUAUGAUGAAAAAUUUGGUCAAGCAAAUAAGAAAUUAAAAGAAGAAAAAAAAGAAUUGAAAAAUCAAUAUGGUCAAAAAUGGCCAUUGAAAAUUGGUGCUGAAAUUAUUAAAGAAGAUGUUGGUAAAGUG